CAUUGGUCCAUCUCCCUAUCGUCACCCCACUUGCUCUACAAUCAUCAUACAUCGUUUCGCCAUGGCCGACGAGACGACUACCACAGAACAGGCUCCCAUUACCUUCACUGUCAAAUCAUCCACUGAUGCCAAAUAUACCCUGACACUUCCCCUCACCACUCUCGUGUCAGAUCUCAAGCAGAAGCUCUCAACCCCCGAAAAUGCCGAUACCCCCGCAGAGCGUCAGCGAUUGAUCUACUCGGGUAGGGUUUUGAAGGACACUGAGACACUGGAGACCUACAAGAUCAAGGAUGGCCAUACUAUUCAUCUCGUAAAGAGUGCUGCGAGCAACCAGCAGCGCCAGAACACAGCUGCUCAGACUAGCUCAGCCACAGCGGCUGCUGGAGCAACUCCAAGCCCGGCGGCAGCCGGUGUCCCAACCAAUCUCGCCGCGGGUACUGGCAAUAACCCACUUGCUGGUUUGACUGGUGCACGAUAUGCUGGGUUCGCACAGCUUCCUGGGGCGGGUCUUUUCGGCCCCGAUGGUGGAAUGGGACCCCCGCCAGAUACUGAGUCGAUGCUCAACAUGCUCGAGAAUCCCCAGUUCCAAUCGAGCAUCAACGAAGCACUGCAAAACCCCGCUAUGAUUGACAUGAUGAUCCAACAGAAUCCCAUGCUCCGCGACAUGGGACCUGGAGUCCGACAAAUGAUGGAAAGCCCAGAGUUCCGCCGCAUGUUGACCGAUCCAAGCUCGAUUCGGCAGAUGAUGCAAAUGCAACGAGCUAUGGGAAUGGGUGGCGGACUGGGUGGCGGUGAUAACGCAUUCCCCGCCCCGGGAGUGACAAACACGACGGCUGAGGGAACCCCGGGUUCCGAGCAACAGAAUGCGCAAAUAAACCCAUUCGGGCAGAUGCCUCAGAAUCCGCUUGGCAACGCAAACCCUUUCGGAGCCCUCUUCGGAGCCAACCCUUUCGCAACCCCAGCCCAGCCUUCUGCCACCCCUGGCGCUACUCAGCCCGGCGGUGCGCAGGGUGCCGACUCUACGGACCGAUCAACACCUGCUCAGGGACAAACACCUCAAGCUGCUCAGAAUCCUUUCGCAUCUCUCCUGAACCCGGCUAUCUUUGGAAAUGCUGGACAAGCUGGCCAGGGCGGCGCGAACCCUUUCAAUCCUCAGCAAAAUCCGUUCCUACGUGACCCGGCGCUGCUUUCCCAGAUGAUGCAAGGAAUGGGCGGACAGGGUGCAGAAGGUGGUGCAAACCCUCUGGCUGCUCUUCUCGGUGGUGGCGGUCUUGGUGGUUUCGGGGCAGCCUGCAGACACCCGCCCCCGGAGGACAGAUACGCCGAUCAGUUGCGGCAGUUGAACGAUAUGGGAUUCUUUGAGUUCGAACGGAACAUUGAAGCUCUCCGUCGCGCAGGCGGCAGUGUUCAAGGAGCAGUGGAGUACCUCCUCAGCCACCCAUAA